UAGGUCAAUGGCAUAUAUACAUAUGAUAAUAAACUAUUAUAAUGCAAACUUGAAAGACAAAAAUGUCUACUGAAGGAUGUGAUGAGAAAAUAAAAGUUCGUCUUAGGGAAUAUAAAGGAAUCUUGAUGGGAUAUAAUGAAGCAGAAAUGAUAGAAACAAUGGAUACACGAGAAGAUGACAUCUGGGUCUGCAGUUACCCAAGAUCAGGAACAACGCUUACCCAGCAGAUAGUCUGGCUUGUGAUGACGCUUGAUUUUGAACAAGUCACAUCUGUUCAACUUGAUGACAGGUUCCCGCAAGUUGACAUGAAAGAUGACAGAUUUCCUUAUUAUAGAGGAGUUGAGCAUAUAGAGAAAUUAGCAUCGCCAAGGAUGAUAAAGUGCCAUUUACAUCAUUUUCUUUUACCAGAACAAUUGCGGAAUGGCAAGGGUCGGAUUAUAUAUAUUGCAAGAAACCCGAAGGACGUUAUAGUGUCCGCAUACAAUUUAUUAAAGUGGACAAAUGAACUAUCGAAUGACGAAAAGGCUUGGAACGAAUUUUUAGAGUCAUUUGUAAAUGGAUCUGGGUUGUAUUGUCCAUGGCCACGGCAUGUGACUGAAUUCUGGCAAAGAAGGAAUGACAAAAAUGUUCUUUUCCUUAAAUAUGAUGACGUUAUAAAGGACAUACCUCAAACAGUAAGAAAAAUUGCACGCUUCUUACAACAGAAUAUCAGCGAUGAUGACGUCAUAAAGAUAAGUGAUUGUUGUCAUAUAGACAAGAUGCGCAACAAUGACAAAUUAAACAUGUCAUACCACAGAAAGUAUAAACAUGGCACUGAUGACGUCACAGGUGGCUUUAUAAACAAAGGUAUAUCUGGUGCUUGGAAGGAAGUUUUGUCACGGGAGGAAGCAGAAAAGGUUCAUCAGCUAGUGGAACAAGUGAAUCAAUAUGGACUUUCAUUUGAAGAUUGAUCAUAAAUAUUGAAUACACGCACUUAUAUAGCAUAUAUUAUAUCUUUGUUUAAAUAUAUAAAUAAAUAUCAAGUAAAAUAUGUAAUGAAUGACUUUGGUCAAAAUUUACAUUAUAAAAUAACAGAUAAAGUCCUAUCAUGUCAAGAUAAGUUUGUGAUAAGUGUAAUGGACUGGAGAGCCAUUAAACUGUACUAUUAUAAUAUGACUGUAAUAUGACUAGCAAUUCCCCAUAUUGUUAUUGACUGUCAGUUGAAAAGGACUGCAU